AUGACAAUACCACCGGGUCCCGAGUUAUCACACGCUUCGAUCUUACGGGAUGAACUGGACAAGCUGCGAGGCUUGCAGUAUUCCAACACCAAUCUUGCGUUAGACGGCGAUAGUCUCGAUGUUGCUACCGUAGUGGCUAUUGCUCGACAUGGACUCACAGCUCGCGUCAAGGACGACCCGGAAAUCAAGAAGAAGGUUCUCCAAAGUAUACAGGUCCUCGACCAUCACAUCAAGAACGGUUGGGUGGUAUACGGCGUCAACACGGGCUUUGGCGGAAGUGCAGACUCACGAACGGAGCAACUCAAGAAACUCCAAAUCUCUUUGCUUCAACACACGCAAAGCGCCAUCAUCACCUCCACAGACUUGGCCCAGGGUCAGGUCGAUCAAGAUGGACAAUCACACGUCAUACCCCCAGCUUGGGUGAAGGCCGCCAUGGUCGUCAGAGCGAAUCAAAACCUUCGGGGUCACAGUGCUGUCAGAAUCGAGGUCAUUGAAGCUUUACUCAGUCUCCUCCGCCACAACAUCACACCGAUGAUACCCCUGCGAGGAACCAUAUCCGCAUCCGGAGACUUGAUGCCGCUGUCUUACAUCGCUGGGACAUUGAUCGGGGACCCCAAUAUUUGGGUCACCGUCGGAUCAGGCGACAACAGGAAGGUCAUGACCGCUUGCGAUGCCUUGAAGAGAUGCGAUGUCCAACCUGUUGAGCUCCAACCGAAAGAAGGCCUCGGUCUGAUCAACGGAACUGCUCCCUCUGCCGCUUUGGCUAGUCUGGUCGUCCACGAGGCCAAUCAACUCGCAGUGCUCGCUCAAGCUCUGACGGCUUUCACUGCUGAGUGUCUCCUUGGAAAUGUCGAGUGGGCAAAUGAGUUCAUACAUGGGAUCCGGCCUCAUGUUGGACAAGUAGAAGCAGCACGCAAUAUUCGAAGCUUCCUCAAGUCUUCUGACUUCGUGGUCGGUCUCGAGACCAAGAAGCGGACUGGACAGGGCCUGUGGCAAGACCGGUAUUCGACAAGAACGGCACCACAGUGGAUCGGGCCGUAUCUCGAGGAUCUCAUGCUUGCGCAACGUCAAAUCGAGGUUGAACUCAAUUCAACAUCCGACAACCCAGUCAUUGACGUCGCCACAAGCAGUGAUUGUGCUGCUGGAGACGUUUACUCUGGAGGCAACUUUCAGGCAACUGCCAUCACUUCAGCCAUGGACAAAACGAGAACGGCUCUCCAAAUGGUUGGCCGCAUGCUCUUUUCGCAAUGCUCGGAAUUAAUCAACCCGGCAACAAACAACGGCCUCGACCCGAACCUGGUUUUGGGAGACCCUGACGAGUCCUACACUAUGAAGGGCAUCGACGUCAACAUGAGCGCUUACAUGUCGGAACUGGCCGCCCUUGCCCACCCCGUAUCUUCCCACGUACAGUCGGCUGAGAUGCACAACCAAGGUAUCAACUCCCUUGCUUUCCUCUCCGGCCGAAGGACUAUGGAAGCCGUUGAUGUUCUCUCGCACAUGUGCGCUGCUCACCUACUCGUGUGCUGCCAAGCGGCCGACUUGAGAGAUUACCACGAAAGAUUCCUCAGCUCGAUUUCCGUCUCCAGACUGAUGAAUAAAAACAAAAUGGGGCUUAGCAGUGUCCAGUUGGCGAAGCUGACGACUGGUCUGGACGAGUUGGUCCGAGUCUGGUGGAAUGAGGCAAACAAGCUUGGCUAUAUGCAACGGUGCUCGGUCGUGGCCUCCAAAGUUACAUCUCACGUCAUGCAAUUCAUCAUGCAUGAAUCAAUCGACGUAGUAUCGGUGAAGACUGUCAUGGAUGUCCAAGACGAGUUACGUCAGAGCAUGGAGGCGUGGUUCAAGGAUCAGUCCAACGACCCCAAGAUCAACCAUUUUAACUCGGAAGACACUCACGCCGCGUAUCUCGAGGGACUAGGUCAGGGCUCUGCCCUGCUGUUCGACAUUGUCCGUGGUAAACUGGGGGUUGCGUUCCAUCAGGGGCUCAAAGAAGAGCAGAGCAGCACCAUCGGUACCCGCGUAUCCCGGAUUUACGAGGCGAUCCGACAGGGUGUUGUCGUCCCAAUGCUGAUGCCGUGCCUCGAGGGCGGCGAUGAUAACAAAAACCCGCAAGUUGGCACGGGAACGCCAGUGAGUAGUGAUGCCAGUGUCGGUUCGGUCGGUAUUCUGGGAAGAGUCUAG